AUGGCUAAUAAGAAUGCCGAAUCAAGUGAGCAAAAAGUCCCCCACGUCGAAAGUUCAGACUCUGAACAAUCAUAUAGAGAUUCCGAUUCUGAAACAUCUGAAAGUGAUGAGGAUGAUGAAGAGGAGAUCAAUAUAGAAGUUGAACGUGAAUACCCCAAAGUGGCAGCUCCAAAAGUUUCCAUAUUGCCUACUGGAGCCAAAUUAUGGACUCCAUCAUGUGACGAGAUUUAUAAACCACGAACAAGCCAGCAUUUUCCAACCCUAGAAGAUGCAUUUCUUUUUUAUCGGGAAUAUGGCAGGCAAGGUGGUUUUGAUGUUCGUAAGUCUGGUCAAAAAUCCAACAGAAAGGGUAAUGUUGUUUCCAAAGUCAUGCAGUGUAAUUGUGGUGGCAAUCCAACUCCGGGCAAACAAAAGUCUAUAGAUGAUAUGGAUGCCGGUAGUUCUCAAGGCAGGAGAACAACGUCGCGUAGAUGUUGGUGUGAAGCUCGAAUUGUGCUUAAAGCCGCAGGGCAACGUGGAUUUGUUGUAAUGAGUUUUGUGGAGGAGCAUAACCAUCCUCUAGCAGAAGGGGUUGAAAGUAUGUUUUUGAGAUGUAAUCGUAACGUAUCCAAAAGUCAUCAGAAUUUGAUUAUGGAUUGCUCUCGAGUGAAGAUUGGUGCAACAAGAGCUUACAAUUUAGCCAAAGAGAUGGUUGGUGCUUACGAGAAUGUUGGUGCAACUUGCUCAGACUUCAAGAAUUUUGCACGUGAUGUUAAGCUUGGCAUUGGUGAGCACGAUGCUUGUAUGAUACUUGACAAGUUCAAAACGAGAACGAAGGCAGAAGAUAAUAAGUUUUUCUUUGACUACAAGAUGGAUCGAGAGGGUCAUCUUACUGGCCUUUUCUGGACGGAUGCAAUAGGGCAAGCUAAUUAUGAGAUUUUCGGUGACAUUGUCUCCUUUGAUCCUACGUUCCGUACUAACAAAUAUAAUAUGGUUUUUGUCCCCUUCACCGGGGUUGAUAAUCAUUGGAAGAACGUAACUUUUGGGGCGUCUUUGAUUGCAAAAGAGGAUUAUAAGAAUUUUAAAUGGUUGAUUAAUACCUUCAAACAUGCAAUGGGGCGUGCACCAACGUGUGUGAUAACAGAUCAGUGUCCUGCAAUUAAAAAGGCAAUUCAGAUUAAUUGGACUGCUACAAAACACAGAUUAUGCAUGUGGCAUAUAAUGAAUAAGCUACCAUCUCAGAUUGGUCCGAAGCGUGCUACUGAUAAAGUUUUUAUGGGCAAAUUGAAGUCUGUGAUUUAUUCAGAAAACUCUUCACCUAUACAAUUUGAGGAAGGAUGGGAUGCGGUUAUAUCAGAAUACGUGAAAGGCAUAUGUUCAGCCUAUUUGUAUUUAAAGAGGUACAACUCAAUUCAGAUAAGAAAGCUCAGUAAAUAG